AUGGCGCGAUGGAGUGCGCCUAUCCGGCACACAGCGAUUUGGCUUCUGAUAUGUCUUCUGCCCCUAACGCAAGCGACACCAGGGCCAUGCGAAGUAGAAACGGGUCAAUCCAGCAUUAUAGUUGAUAUAGAGGAAAGUAGAGGAGAUCAAGUCAACCAAACAACAGUGCCAGCAGAGUUACCAAUCGUAGGUGAUCCGGAUGUAGAUGUAGUAUUAUCGACGGUGUUUCCUAAAGGCCCCACUUUAUUUCAACUAGAUGGGAAACGACUACAGCUCCUCGAGCCGCUGGACCGGGAUGCUGAUAAUUUAUCUCAUAUGGUGUUUCAGCUAGUUUGUCAAGUGAAAGCUACGAAGAAAAGGCGAACCAUACCCGUGAUUGUCAGAGUAUCGGACAUUAAUGACAAUGCGCCAGUUUUCCAAGGAACGCCGUAUGAAACUAAUAUAUCAGAGCUCAUACCAGUCGGUACAACAAUAUUCGAUCGUAUCAGAGCCGUAGAUACAGACGCGGGAGUAAACGGUCUCGCGGAAUAUUUCAUAAUACCAGGAGAUAAUAAAACUAUAGAAGAUGCGAACGCCGCUGAUGGAUAUCAGUACUUCUCCAUACCUUUGCCCCAUCAAGGUCAAGUCACGGUGAACAGGAGUUUGGAUUACGAGCGCACUCAGAAGUAUCUAGUCACUAUUGUUGCUUCUGACCGCGCUCGCGAUACCAAACGUCGACUAUCUAGUACUACAACUUUAACCGUCAACGUGUUAGACGACGAUGAUCAAGACCCGUCCUUCAUUUACAAAGGGUGUACUUUACAUGAGGGCGCUUGUAUAAAUCCAGAGUAUACUAGUUAUGUAAAUGGAGGAGUUUUAGCUGGUAUCCUAACAAUAGAACCAGAAAAGAUCCAAGCAGUAGACAUGGAUACAUUAGACGCUCGUAUAAAGUAUAGUAUCGAAAGCGGUGAACCUGAGUCCUGGCCCACGUACUUCGCAAUAGAUGAAAACACAGGCGCAGUGAGACAGCUUGUGCCUGUAGAUACUAGUAUUGCGAAGAAAUUCCAAUUAAUUAUAAAGGCAGAAGAAAUAACAGAAUCAAAACGUUUCACGACGGCCAAACUAACAGUCACAGUACGUCCUGUAGACGCGAGUCCGCCCGAAGUGAAUGCGACAUCAGACGAAGGAAGUGUUGAAGAGAACUCGCCUAUAGGAACCAAAGUACUGGAUUAUACCGGACAGGCUAUCAAAUUGAGCGUCUCUGAUCCGGAUUUGGGACCAGGAGAUCCAGUACCCAAAUAUACAUUCGAACUGACGACUAGUUUCUUUGAUAUUGACAAAGAUGGCUACCUCAUAGUGGCUGAUGACAGGUUAGAUCGUGACCCACCGAACCAAAGCAAAUAUAGAUUUCAGGUAGUAGCACGUGAAGCAAAUGGUGGUCCGGCGUCUGCGCCUUAUUAUCUCGUUGUAAAUUUGUUAGACCAAAACGACAAUGCACCGGUUAUACCUAAAACUCAACCAAUCACUGUGCCCGCUAGCUUAGAGCCUUCUGUUGUGUAUAAGGUGGAAGCAACAGACAUAGACGAGGGUGAGAACGCUCGAAUCUCCUACAGCAUACACCAUGUAUCUAACAACGGUGCUAACAAGUUCACGAUAGAUCCCACCACCGGGGUGAUAUCAAGCACAAGUCGUUUGCAAGCAGGAGAACAAUACAGUCUAACAAUACGAGCGACAGACGCAAAAGGCCUGAGCUCGCAAGGCAUAGUGGAGCUGUCGGUGGCGCGCGGCCCCAACAUACAGCCGCCGCAGUUCUCUUCCAGGGACUACUACGCGCCUGUGUCCGAGGGCGCGGCCAUCAACUCUACCGUCACUACUGUCACGGCCAAAGAUCCAGAGAACGAGCCUGUUACUUACUCAAUAGUAUCGGGCAACGAUUUCCGGCAGUUUGCCAUCGGGUCCAACACUGGCAUCAUCACUGUUAUACGACGACUGGAUCGGGAAGUGUUGACUAGGUAUCAAUUGAUGGUAAAAGCAGAAGAUCCCGGCAAGUUUUCAACAACGGCGACCGUCAAUAUCAAAGUGACUGACAUUAAUGAUAACAAUCCGAAAUUCGAUGAAGAUUCAUAUUCGUUCCAAGUUAAAGAAGGUAUAUCAGGAGAAUUAGUGGGAUACGUCCACGCAACAGAUUUAGAUGAGGGUGUAAACGCAAUGAUAAGUUAUAACAUUCCCUCGCAUCUGCCUUUUUCUAUAGAUAAUACUACUGGCAUGAUCUCGACUAAUACUGAGCUGGAUUAUGAAGAUGUAAAGGACUACGCGUUCGUAGUGACAGCAACAGACGGCGCCAUCGACCGGCGGCUCGGCACCGCGUCCGUCACGGUGCUGGUGCAGGACGUGUCGGACGAGCCGCCCGUGUUCCGGCAGCCGCUGUACACCGUGCACGUGCCCGAGAACGUGCCCAAUUAUCCUGUUGUUAAAGUUCAAGCAGAGGAUCCAGACACAGUGCCAGAAAUAACAUAUAUUAUACUCAAAGGAGAUACAGAUUUAUUCUCAAUAGAUCGCAAGUCAGGUGUGAUACGUACAUUGCGGGCUUUGGACCGCGAAACUGCUGCCCGACAUGAGCUUAUCGUUGGUACUGAGGAAAAUAACGAUGGAAAUACUACUACUGUAGAAGUGUUAGUUGAUGACAAAAACGACAACGCACCAAUAUUCACAUCGGUCGUCCGUCCAGUUACUAUAGAAGAUACGUCAUCUAUCGGUAGUUUAGUAGAAACUGUCGAAGCGAUAGACUCAGAUGCGACUGCGCCUAACAAUCGUAUCAGAUACGCUCUCGCAGGAAGAGGAAAGGCAUCUAAGUACUUCCAUGUUGAACCGGAUAGUGGGAUUGUGAGAGUCAGGGAUGAUUUACGAAAAGAAACGGAUAGCGAAUAUACUGUGGACAUACAAGCUUACGACCAAGGAGAUCCGGUGAUGUCAUCUGUUAUGAGCCUCACAGUGUACGUGAGUCACUCUGCUACUGUACCUCCUGACGUAAGAUUAGGGUUCCCAGACACUAUGUAUACGGAACACGUGGCCGAAAACUCUCCUAACGGCACUUUAGUUCGGACUUUACCUAUAUGGAAUAAAAGCAAGCAUUCCAAAGAUACACCCCUCAAGUGUUUGCUUACAAAUUCCUCACAAAAAGGAAUAUUUUACGUAAAACUAACAACGGAACGUGAUUGUGCAAUAUAUUUAAAUAAAACAUUGGACUAUGAAGACAUAACAGAAUACUCUUUAGAGGUGCAAUUAGAAUCUAUCCAAGGUCUUAUAAACCUUGAAAGUAAUCAAGCAGUUAUAAAAGUACACGUGACAGAUGUAAAUGAUAACACACCAUUGUUUGUUUUCAAUGAGCAAUCCACUAUGGCUGGUGCGAAAGGGAAGUAUUUCGCAAUUGCCACUAAAGAUAUGCCGUUGGGAACUAACGUGUUGCAAGUUAAGGCGAAGGACAAAGACAGCGGUGACUUCGGUAAAAUCGAAUAUCGCAAAAAUUCGUGGACCAAAGCUGCAGAGGAGUAUUUCUCACUAGACCCGGAUACGGGAGUUAUCACUAACAUCAAAACCUUCGAGAAUGUUCCUAAAGAAAUAUUGCCUUUCAAAUUCAACGUCAUGGCCAGAGAUAAUCCUAAGGGCGAAGAUUAUAAGACUGCAAGAGCUUCUGUAGUGAUAAACCUCCUUCAAAAAGACAACCAGUUAAUCUAUGAAGUAGCCGACUUGAAUGUCGAUGCCAUGACGACUAUGAAAGCGCGUAGUUUACUUUCUGCUAUAGAAGAAAAGAGCGGUUUAGUAGCUGGCUUAGAAAAACUAACCCCUAGAUUAUAUUUAGGGGAAAACGGCACUUUAGAAAGUGAUUCGAAAGGCACUAACGUAUGGUUGUACUUGCUUGAUCCGAAUACAGGCGAGAUAUUGACGAGGGAGUCGCAGCCUGUGAAAAAAGCAAUAGAGAACGGUGUAUCAGUGCAAGCGCCCCUCACGCCCGUACAGCCGCGGCGGCCGCAGCUGGCCGCGGCGCCGCUGGCCAGCGCGCUGCCCGCGGCGCUGCUCGCGCUCGCCGCGCUCGUACUGUUCGCGGCCACCGCGGCCACCAUAUACAUAUGCGCUUCUUGGAAUAGAUACAAAAAACACAAGGAGCAAGCGUUACAACAAUACGGAACACUCAGUAUGAGUAUGGCGCCACCGCGGCCGCCGUCUGGGUACGAGUCUAGUGAAGACGAUCCGGCGCCUAGAUAUGAAACACAGGUUUUGAACAUGGCUGUGGACGACGCAGACCUACAAUUAGACUUCAGUCCGAACAAUCACGCGUUCAAUAUCCACAGUGUGCAGUAUUUAUCUAAAGAUAAUGGUGAAAGGAGUCCAACUCUAUCGGAAUCAGCAACCACAGCGAGAGCGUCAAGCGUGAACGACAAUAAUACACUCAACAAACUACACAACCAUAACAACGACAAUGCCAACAACAUAACCAUUGCUCGCAACGCUCAAACCCUCAACCGAAGGCAACAAACCAACCACGCAAUGAAUAACGCCUUGGGAACGUUACCGAGGGUCAAUAAUAACAACCUGGGAACAGGUUUGGUUACCACUUUGGGAAGGAAAAUUGGUAACAACCACAAAAAGAAAACGCAACCGAUAAUGGCGUAUGAUGAUAUACCGGGAUUGCAAAGAUCGACAGAUAACGACAACGUUACAUUUGGAAAGAGAAAUUUCGGCGGUUUCACCUAUGAGCCAUCUCACGUAGAAACUACAACGGAACUU